AUGACGGGCUUUUCUUCGCCGUUACUCGCUACCGUAUGCUUUCGUGGGGGUGAAGGCCCGGCUGGCCGUACAGUACAGGCAGAAGCUGUUGCACCGCGUGCUCGUCCGUGCGGCAAGCGAGUCCGUACAAGAUCUGACAAGCUGCAGCAGGCCGAUGCUGUUGGUCCAGGAGACGGCAAGUUCGGUGGUUUGCUGCAGACGAGCAAGUGGCCCGCCCACCAACCAGUGCCAUACCACCAAGCCAGGCUAGACCAGGGUAUCCAAGCAGUAGCAUCGUCCAGAGGCGUACAGCUCCCCAGGGCCAAGUACAAGGCGGUACAGUACUGUAUUGUCUGCGAAGGAAGCGGAACGUUGGCCGUGGAGACGGGCAGGGGGUGCCUUGAAGAGGAGGGGGCGUGCGAGUCCGGCGAGGUGAUGGGCGCCUCCCUAUGCGUGCGAGAGCGAGUGAGCGAGAAGCUCUCGUACCUGGCCGGCAUGGCCAGAAGAGGCAGCGUCGGCGGGAUCUGGGACUUGACAUGGGGCUUGACAUGGACCCAUGCUGGCCUGCCUGCCUGCCUGCUCGUACAUGCACAGGCGGUGCGACGUCGGGAAAAAGUGUUCCAGCAUUCCGUACCUUCCCUCUGUGACGUCGGCGUAGAACAUGACAAACAAUGGGCUACGGCCGCCAAGGAUAGACAUCCACGACGAGGGACCGCGAAGCUUAAUCUACAGGUACUUGUAAUCACCUCGGACGCACACGAAGAGAAAGAGAAAACCACGCGAGCGCAAUACUUCCGAGAGCCAUGCGCGAUACGCAAGAAGCCGCCGCUUCCACGGCCCAUGUGGUUGUCCAGGAUCAUCCGUGGUCACCGACUACGACGGCAUACACACUUGUACUUGUACUAUACUGUACCUGUGCUGGCUGCCGUCAGGGCUUCAUCGCGAUUCCGGCGUGAAAGAAGGGCAGAACCCAGCAAGUACGAAGCUCUUGUACGCGGCAACUUGAGAACCCCGGCACAUGAUGGAAUAAGAAACCUUGAUCCCGGUCUGAUCAAGUGCCAGCCGCAGCCAAGCCCGCUCAAACACACCGUCUCUGGGGCUUGGGAUUAUACAGGUGCAAACACGAGUCGAGGCAGUAUUCCGCAAAAAGAACAAACAAGUCCACAGGGAAUGUGGUCUUUUGCUGCACCCAGCCAAGACUCUCACGCACUUCAUGCUGCUGCUUGGCCAUUGUCCACCCUCGUAAAAGGGCUAGAGGAUGCUUCUGUGGAGCGGCCCGAACUAGCUAGCGCAAUUUUCGCAAAUGAUGCAGAUUAA